AUGACUCCACCAACUUCUAGCAUCACAAAACCCAAAAGACAAGAGUUAGAUGCGUUCAUUAGGGGCCGAAUUAUAGGUCAAUGGGAGAAGGACGCUACAUAUGGAGAAAUCUCUAAAGCCCUUGACAUUCCGAAGAGCACUGUUGGAAAUGUAGUGAAAGCCUUCAGAGAUAAAGGUGUUUCCAAGCCCUUGACACGUCUAGGAAGAGAACCAAAGGUUACAAAGAGAACACAAUCUGCGAUGGUGCGCUCAUUUCGUAGUGAGCCAUUCGUGUCAAUUGCGGCUCAGCAUCAGAGAUUAGUCGAUGUGGGAAUCUCCAUCUGCAUGACUACAUUCCAUCGAUAUACUGGAAAUAGAAAGAACUGUGAUACAAAUUCUGCUGAUCCUUCAAACAAAGGCAUUUGGUUAGAAUUUUUCGGCACAGUCCCACCACCUUCUGCACUUUCCUCGGCAUUCACAUCCUUUCUCUUCCCUCCCACGCUGAACCCCAGUAUUCCAGCCGCCUCGGUUUUCGGACUGACCAUCCUUGCUAUCUGGGACCACAAUUGGGCACUCCACUUUAAUUCUGCUCCUUUUUUACCUUCCUUGGUUCUUGCCACUGCUAGGAAAUCAAUCUCCCGCCUCUGCUCAAAGCUCGAGCUUGACUCCGCUGACUCUUCCCUCGCAUAA